GUGUGUGUGUGUGUGUGUGUGUGUGUGUGUGUGUGUAACCCUAACCCAGCAGUUCUAAGAGUGUUUAUGUACGAAUACUUAAUGAGAACAGGCUGAUCAGAGCAGCCCUAUGUUGUUGUUGUUGUUGUGCCUUUAAUGCAGCGUGUCAGCAGAUAAUCUGUAGACUAGCCUGCGUCUCCCAGUCUGACCCAGUCUGACCCAGUCUGACCCAGUCUGACCCAGUCUGACCCAGUUGGAUGAUCUGUGCUUAGAGGGACACUGACUUCAGAUCAGCAUGUAAACAUCUGUCAACACACAGAUCGGAUUACACUGAUCCAGAUGCCGGUGUCGGCCGGCAGGGGGCGCUGUGGGGCUGCCGAGGAGCCGCUGAGCCAGCAGGGAGUCCGGGGGAGGGCGGGGAGGAGUAACCAGACACCGCCUCUCAGAGGCUCCCGGCCGGUCAGAGCGCAGCAGAGCCCGGCCGCAGCAGCACCGAGACACCGCGGGACCAACGGCUCACCAACGGCUCCCCAACGGCUGACCAACGGCCGAGCAGCGACGGAGGCUCGGGUCCUCCAUGCGGGACUUUUACGGGACAUUUAACCCGCUUUUUCCCCUCUUCUCCCGCCGGUCUGCGGCUCUUUGUGGGGACAUAACGGAGUUACCGUGAAAGUGGGAGAAGUAACGUUUACCGUUACCGACGUCAUGAAGAAGAACAACUCCGGGAAACGGGGUCCCCAGGACGCGGGGCCGCUGCAGGCUCAGCCCGAUAAGGUCGGCUGGAUCAGGAAGUUCUGCGGGAAAGGGAUCUUCAGAGAGAUCUGGAAGAACCGCUUCCUGGUUCUCAGGGGAGACCAGCUGUUCGUCUGCGAGAAGGAGCAGAAGGAGCUGGGCCGGGCUGAUGAGCUGCUGGAUCUGUCCGACUACGAGCGCUGCGAGGAGAUCCGCAAGAACAAGAGUCGCAGCAAGAAGAACCACAGCAAGUUCAGACUGCAGCGCUGCAGCUCCCCGGGGAACACGGUUCCUAACCUGCUGUUCCUGGCGGUGAGUCCCGAGGAGAAGGAGUCCUGGAUCAACGUGCUGAACGCAGCCAUCACACGAGCCAAAAACCGGAUCCUGGACGAGGUGACGGUAGAAGACUCUCAGCUGUCUCAUCUGACUCGAGAUCGAGCGAAGAUUCCUCAGAACCGCCGGCUGCCGACGAGAGGUCACCUGCUUGCUGUGGCGUCGGCGUCGUCCUCUGACGGGACGCUGACUCUGGAUCUGAUCCAGGAAGACGAGACCGCGUCUCUGCAGGACGGCCCCGGCCCGGACUGCCCCCGCUCCAAAACGGACGGUGCUCUCUCUGCCCGGGCCGGCGCCACUGGCGCAGAGGCUUCUGGGAAGUCUCACAGCCUUCCCCGGGACGUGGCCACGGGACAAACACAGACCCCGCAGUCCGGGAAACGCCUGACAGCGGCCGAGAAAAACCGCUGCGCCUCCAUGGACGAGAUCCUGACGCACUCGGAGUCCAAAACGGCGAGGAACGGCUCGCCGCCAGCGAUCAGCACGCUACAGGAACUGAUCAGCGAGAAGCUGCGGAAGACGGAGCGGUUGCUGGCGGCGGUGCGAGGAGACGGUGAGGCCAGGAAGGCCAACGCUGCCGUCGCGGUGAGCGAUGGAGCGAGAGCUGAAGCUGAGAGACUGCUCACAGAGGCCAUGGCGGCGUGGAGCCAGGCGCAGGAAGUGCUGCAGGAAGUGACAGAGCUGAGGGCGCUUUGUCACCAGCUAGACUCCGCCUCCUCGCCGCUCAGCGCCAAACUGAACGCAGAACGCAGGAUGUGAGCCGCACGCCGCUGACAGAUGCUGGGAGAAAACCACUUUAACCUUUUUAAAUUAUUCUGGAACAUUCUGGAACUUCGUACUUUUUAAAUUCAGGUUCAGAUUUUUCGGUGGAAAACCAGAAAACUUCUCCGGUACAGAAACUGUGUGUAGCAGACAGUCAACGGUCUUUGGCGUUUUUAGCCCCCGACCUCGCCUUCCAGGCAGCGCGGCAAUGGUUACGUUCAGGGUUAGCUAGCUCACCGUGUCCACGUUGGGACAGCACUCGCUGCUAUUGGCCAUGUUCGGACACUUCCGACCUGACGCACUUUCCGGUCUUUUCGCAGUACUUUACGUUUCUGAUCAUCACAAAAAAAAUGUAGCAGAAUUGAUCUAUACCCAUCUAACAAUCUACGUAUGAAUUUUCCUAUGUGUACACGGACAUUUAGAUGUCUAAUUAGUAUAUGAAAGUUACUUUGAUGAGGAAAAGAAGUAAGAACGCUUGGCGACUACAAUCUUUUCCUCUAAAAAGUUAAUAUUUUUACUGGAAAUUAAGGAGCUUUUACUGCAUAGUUCAGAGUUGUUGAAGCAUGUCAUUUUAUUGUGAAGGACGGAAGUACGAUCCCGUAGUUCUGACAGCAUUGAUGGGACUUAAUACCCCCAAAAAA